AUGUCCGAAUCAUCUGUCGCAACUGCUCCUAUCGCAGAUACUACGAUUGCUCCUCCCACUGCUGAAGAAACUGUCAGCGAAGUUGUAGCUGAAGGUGCUUCUGCUGAGCCCCCCACUACUAUUGCUGCUGUCGAGGACGAGUUGGAGGCAAAGGACGAACAAUCAGCAGAAAAAGAAGCUAAAGAAACCAAAGCGCCUUCUAGAAGGUCGACAAGGAUUUCAUCCAAGUCUCAACCAGAAACCAAGGAAACUCCCAAGCUCAAAAGGGCUCCCUCGACGAAGAAAAGAGCAGUCGAAGAUGGCUCAGAGGGUAGCAAGGCUACAAAGAAGGUAUGUUCAAAAUUGAAGACUCUUCUUGGUUUUUUUUUUGCCGUUAAAGCAGAUCCCGCAGAAGCUGGUCCGGCGCUCGGCUCUUUCCUUCCCGAGAUCACUCUCAAGUCUAACAAGGAGGUCGACGUCGAAGUUGCGUUGCUUGCGAAGGAAAAAGGCGUUGUUCUGUUUUUGGUGCCCAAGGCUGACACCCCUGGGUGCACAAACCAAGCAUGCGGCUUCCGUGACAUAUAUGCCGAAUUCACAUCGGCCGAGUACGAUGUCUAUUGUGUCAGCGCUGAUCCCCCGGCCGCGCAGAGUAAAUGGCAAGAGAAGAAAUCCCUUCCAUACAGCCUCCUCUCUGACCCUGAGCGCAAACUCAUCUCGGCAUUAGGAGCCAACGACAAAGGCAAGACCAAACGAAGCCAUUUCGUUUUUGCUAAAGCCGAAGAAGGUGCAGAGGGCAAAGGCAAGUUAAUUGACAAACACAUUGGCGUGAAGCCUGUCGAUAGCCCCAAAAUCGCGUUGGAGUUCAUUCAAUCAUAUGUCCCGAUCUCAUCCGGUACACCCGUAGAGACUGGCAACGGCGAAGCCAACUCUAACGAACACGCGGGUGUUACAACUUCUAACGGCACCGGAUCAAGUACCAAAGAAACUGUAUCGAUGGAAGAGAGCAUCGAAAAGGCCGACGUGGAAUCUGCUGCUCCUGCAACUAAUGGUAGUGAAGAUAAAGAUGUGGUUAUGGAGGCUGCUGCACCCAUUGUGGAAGCUUAAGACACACUACAUACCAUGCUCCGGGAUAUGGGCUCAAAACAAGAAACAAAAUGUACACGAAGUACCAGGGAACGCUUCUUCCCUCUCUAUGUUGUCUUUUACUUACUGCCAUGUAUCUCUUUCUUCUGUUGUCAUCCGAGUCGUCGUUGUCAUCGUUUUCGUAUCUCUUAUCCAUAUCUAUCGUCCCCUACAUCAACUUUGCCUCAUCCCCCAGUCUCCAUCCGCUACUCUUCCUCUUCCCUGGCAGUUUAUCUGUUUCUACAGUGUAUCAUCAACUUCCUCACUUCAUCAAAUUUCUUCUCAGUAUUCAGUAUUGUGGCUGUUGACUUUCUUUGCUGUCUACAUAAAUGUCAAGAAAGACAGUGCACUGCAAUCAACACAAGAGAUCUACAAGUGUACAUUGUAUCAAUUUCUUUGCUUGCUGUUCUAUACUUUUAAUAAAGAGUGUAUUUGCCAAUAUGUACUUUGUCGUUUC